UCCCGAUUUAUUUAUCCUGGCUCCUGCUGCUUGAUUUUUAUUUUAACUACACUUGACUGCUUCCAGAGUACCCUGUGUUUACCAACUAUUGAACUAGGCGAGAUAUUUACACAUAACAACCAUGGGCGAAGACAUAAAGCUCCAACCGCCCGCUCAGGUGCAUAUGACGGCACCUCUACCCUACGACUACGAAGCCCAAGAGGCAUACCCAGCCCAGAAAAACAAAAUCCGAUCGCUGGAGGACAUGCGCCGAGAAUGGAGACAUGGGUCCAAGGCAAGGGCUGCCCAGUACUAUCUCCUGUAUUUUUUGGCUUGCUUUAUUUUCGGGGCGAUUAUCGGUAUUAUCAUCGGCCUGGCUAUUCGGUAUACAUGAUUGUAUGAUUGUAUGAUUUGUUGAUUUCGGUGUUUAAUGGGGCGUUUGGUUGCGUUUAGAUAUAGACAUGAUAUCCGCUUGCCAGUUUUAUUCAUUUAUGUUUAUCGGUCGUUCCUGGUAAC